AAGGUCACUUGAGUGUUCGCACUCCUGAUAGGCUAUUGUUAAACUUCACCGGUCAACUCGCUAAAGGAGGGUUUUGGACAAGCACGAAAACUUAUUAGAAGAAGAUUAACAUGGGUUUGAGGCCUCGCGUCCCCAACCAAAAAGAGAGUCUGAAAAUGAUAUUGGAUACUAAUUCAGCUUCACUCUAAAUACUCACUUUCAAAUAUGUGUGCAACGGCGCUAAGUCGUUAUGAAGUAGAAAUUUUAUGACCUAUGUUUAAGGAGGUUAGGCCGGAAGUGACUGCUUUCAUUGAGCAAAGUAGAAAGCAAAGAGAUGAAAGACGUGAUGCAAAAGUCAAAGCUUUGUCGGCAGUAGUCAUCCAGAAAAACUGGCGUAGUUUUAUACAGAGGAAAUAUGCCAUUCAAAGCUUUAGGUUGGAGUUUGACUCAAAAUUCUCCGGAGUAACGGACACCAGAACAAUCCAAUUCAUUCCUGCUGUUCAGCUGUUAAGAUACAUUAAAUGCUUACAGUUUAAAUAUUGUCCUAAGUCGGACUACGACCGCUUUCAGUUGCUUAUCCGAUAUUUGGUUAACUCAGUGGAAGCUGGAGAUUCAAAUACGUCCUACAUUUCCCUUGCACUAAGAAAACCCACCUUAGUGGAAUGGAUAAUUACGACAAAAUGGCUGUUUACUACGAUCUUAAGUCACAUGAGUGGUGUCGAUCCAUCUGUUCCCAGUGACUCAAGGAUACUGAACGUAUUUUUGUCGUUUUUACUCAUCCACACAAAUUGCUCGCAAUGGUCUUUAAUCCAGGAUGAUAAAUUAAAACCUGCAAUGAAUCAGUUAGCUUCAGCUUUCCUCCAACAUCUUGUUCAAAGGCGUUUAUUUGAAAAUUUGAAUACUGUCCUGCAAAAAGGUUUGGCCAGACAUACUCCUUCACUGACAAAAAUCUCUUUGACAGGAAUAUUCACCAUUGCUAUGAGACCGUUGAUAUCUGAGAAGUUUCCUGAGAAACUAGUCAUUUCAUUUGCAAGUAAUAUCUUGACUGUACCUGGAUUUAUAUUGCAUAUAAAUUCAAUGAUGAAUGAAGCGUAUGAUAUUAUUGUUAAAGAAAGAUUAUGCUCCAGAAUUAUACUUACUUUGUAUGCCAGUUCAGAAGAGUUUGAUAACCUACUAUCUCGUCUAGAAGGAUCUUAUGUAUUAUGUUUAAUUGCAAAUCUAAUUCAAUUGAGUCUGCUAGAAACUGAUAUUUUGGCAUCGCAUUGUACAGAAUUUUGCAUUGUUCUAUCUAAAUUCAUGCAUUAUUUGGGAACGUAUGUUGGCAGUAAAAAGUCAAAUCUUUGUAGCUGGCAUCCGAUUCUUGGUUGGUUUGCCCAAUCAUUAGAUAAUUCUUUACAAGCAGCUAUGUCAUUUGUAACUAGUCAGCUAAGAUUACUAUGGAAUGGUCGAAUGGUUCGUUUGCUAUUCGCCGACUUAUAUGCACAAGCUGAAUUAAGUCUACCUGAAGGCAGUGGUGGUGGUGGUGGUGGUGGACCAGAUGGAAAUUCCUCGACUACUACCGCUGGUCAUCCACCGGGUGCAAGUAGCUCAAGUUCUGCUGUUCUUGGUCCUGGUGCACCGUCUAAGGCAGAGAAACUUGCUGUAGCUGGUUUGCUGCCUCCUCAAUCACGAUUGAUGAUGACGACUGGUGGCAGUGGCAGUGGCAGUAGCGGCGGUAGAUUGAGCAAUUCUGAUGUUGAUGGUUAUGCCCAUCGUGUUCGUCAUGGUCUGUCGAAUUUUCUACGUCAGAUAACUAACUCAUCAACUUAUCGUAAUCGAUUUAAAAAUAGUAAAAAGGAGAGAAUGAAUAAUUAUAUACCGAAUCUUUCUACGACACGUUCAGAUUGUCCUGGACCAAGUGAUCUACCGAAAUCACUGAAAGCUGUUUGUAUGCUGUAUUGUUUUACUUCAGGCAGUUUAAAAGAAAUUAGAAGUGCUAUUUUAGCUGGUUUAUCACUGGGUGACUUAUUGCCUCGUAUGUGGCGUUUAAUAUCUUGUUGUGGAUCUGUACGUGAUUGGGCCAAUGUGAUUAUGAAUUCACAGUCGGUCUACUACUUGGAACCUCAUGAAUCGCAUUUAAUGCAAAUAUUUGCUGCAGCUACAAGUAAUUUAUUAAGCAUUCUAGAUGAUGCAGAAUUAUUUGAAUUGAAGAAAUCAUUUACUGUUGAUGAAUUGUGUUCAAUGGGUUCAUUUUUCAAUCACUUGAUUUAUGAAUCAGUUAUUAUGGUACCUGACCCUAACCAACUGAAAUUAUGGAGUGCAUCGUCGAAAACAAUCGAUAAUAAUCAUAAUAAUAAAUUGAAUAAACCGAAUCUGUCUAGUAGUGGUGGUGGUGGUAUGCCAGCUAAUAAUAAUAAGGCAGCAGCAACAGCAUCAGCUCAAUCAACUAUUGACUGUUGUACAUCAUCUACUAUGCCUAAUUUAUUUACAAUCUGUUUACGAUUAUUAUCUGUGAUUUAUGAACGUGACAGUCGACAUCCAUUUACACCGGAUGAUUUUUGGUUAAUCUCUAAUCUCAAAGUAUCAGCUUUUCUCUCCGAUUUACGCAAACCGAAACCGCAUGCAACUUUUCUACUAAAGCAUAUUCCGCAUAUUAUACCACACAAAGAGCGUGUUAUCCUAUUUCGAGAUUUUGUACGUGAAGAUAAAGCAUCUCUGGGGAUACAUACACGAACUAAUUGGCUUACAGAUGAUGGCCCCGUUGGUGCUGUGAUCACAGUGCAUAGAAAUCGUAUUGUUGAAGAUGGAUAUCAACAGCUGGCCAAUUUAACUUCACCACAACUACGUAUGAAAAUACGUGUACAGUUUGUCAAUGAAAUGGGUUUAGAUGAAGUUGGCAUUGAUUUGGAUGGUGUAUUCAAGGAAUUCUUAGAAGAAACACUUCGUCGUGUAUUUGAUCCAAGUUUAAAUUUAUUUCGGGUAACAAAUGACCAGCGUUUAUAUCCAUCGCCUACAUCACAUCUACAAGAGAGUCAUUUACAACUGUUUGAAUUUUUAGGCAAAAUGCUUGCUAAAGCUAUCUAUGAAAGUAUUGUUGUUGAUGUACCAUUUGCAAAUUUCUUUCUUACUCAAUUACUCGGUCGUGAAAAAGCUGGUUGCUACAGUUUUCUUGAUGAAUUAGCCACAUUGGAUAGAGAGUUAUACAAAAGUUUAAGUUAUAUCAAGCAUUAUGAUGGGGAUGUAUCCGAUUUAGAGUUCACUUAUUCAUAUGCAGAAGAUUGUCUAGGUCAAGUGAUUAUACAUGACCUAUGCCCUGGUGGACGUCAGAUAUCUGUAACAAACGAUGUCAAAAUAAGUUAUGUGCAUAGUGUAGCACAUUUUCGUAUGUAUAAACAAAUUCGCAGUCAAACUGCCUCAUUUAUACGUGGAUUUUAUUCAAUAUUAAAUCCUGAUUGGUUGGCAAUGUUCUCGCCACCAGAAUUACAAACUCUUAUAUCAGGUGAUUGUGGUUCUAUGGAUAUUGAUGAUUUAAAGCAGCAUACACGUUAUUCCGGUGGAUUUCAUAGUAAUCAUCGUGUUAUUCGUUGGUUAUGGGAUAUUUUAAGACGUGAUUUCGAUGAUCGUGAGCGUAGUUUAUUUUUAAAGUUUGUAACUAGUUGUUCGAGACCACCUCUAUUGGGCUUUGCAAAUCUGGAACCACCAUUCUGUAUACGUUGUGUGCAUUAUACAAAUGAAGAUCAAGAUGUUGGAGAUACUCUAGGCUCGGUGUUAAAAGGAUUCCUCGGUGUUGUUGGACGUCGUGAAGAAGUCUCUCGUCUACCGACUGCAUCAACUUGUUUUAAUCUCCUUAAACUGCCGAAUUAUUCAUCGCGUAGUGCAUUGAAAGAGAAGCUGAGAUAUGCAAUAAAUAGUCAUGCUGGCUUUGAGCUAUCAUAACUUCUUUUUUUUUCAUUUUUGUCUUCUUACACUGUUCACAGUUUUGAGAACUGUAAAUAUACACUUAUAUUUCAAUUGAAUUGACGCAUUUCAUUGUCCUCCAGCGUGUUGUUAUUGUUUUUUCUCUCUCUCUCUCCUUUUCAUUUUGUAAUUAACAGACUGUUUUAUGUGUUUCAUUUAUUUCUGUUCUCUAUUUGAGUUUGAAACUUUUCACAUUUUCCUUUUGAAAUGUGGCAAUUCAUACCUGAUUUUUCAUUUCUUCAUUGAAUAAUAUAAUGAGACGUGUUUCAUGAUGAUAAUAUUAAUAAUAUUUCAUGACUGUGAUGACAAUUUUAGAUAAAGUUCACGAAUGUUUUUUUUGUCAUCCUUGUCGAUUCCUUUCAGUGCUUUACUAAUAUUUCUGUUUUUUUUUGCUCUUGUGUUUCUUUCUUGAAUAAUGAAAAAGGCUAUCUCUUCUGAAAUUUUGAAGUCUUUUCUGCUAUGCCUAACUUCCACAGUAUUUAAAAUUCCAUAGGGGAAAAUAUACAAACAAACUGAGGG